GAGCACGGCAAGCACCGGCCUGCGGCACAGCGGCCGUGCCCUGGCCCUGACUCCUUCGCCAUCGUCGCCGGAGACGCGAAGCCGAGAGCGCGGAGCGGGCUGGGCCAGCUUCAAGUGGGAUGUCAUGGCCAGCUCCUCGGACAGUGAAGAUGAUAGUUUCAUGGCUGUGGACCAAGAAGAAACUGUUCUGGAAGGAACAAUGGAGCAAGAUGAGGAAUCCCAUCCAGUGCUGGAAGUUGAAGAGACAAGACAUAAUAGGUCCAUGUCUGAGUUGCCAGAAGAGGUUUUGGAGUAUAUCCUGUCCUUCCUUUCACCGUAUCAGGAACACAAAACUGCUGCUCUGGUCUGCAAACAGUGGUAUCGGCUUAUCAAAGGUGUAGCCCACCAGUGUUACCAUGGUUUCAUGAAGGCUGUCCAAGAAGGAAACAUUCAGUGGGAGAGCAGGACUUACCCUUAUCCUGGAACUCCUAUCACUCAGCGGUUCUCCCACAGUGCGUGCUAUUAUGAUGCCAAUCAGUCUAUGUAUGUCUUUGGAGGCUGUACCCAGAGCAGUUGCAAUGCUGCCUUCAAUGACCUCUGGAGGCUCGACCUAAAUAGCAAAGAGUGGAUUCGACCAUUGGCUUCAGGGUCCUAUCCUUCCCCAAAAGCUGGAGCCACUCUAGUCGUGUAUAAGGACUUGCUAGUGCUAUUUGGUGGCUGGACGAGGCCAAGUCCCUAUCCCUUACACCAACCAGAGAGAUUCUUUGAUGAAAUUCACACAUACUCACCAUCUAAAAAUUGGUGGAACUGCAUUGUCACCACCCAUGGGCCUCCUCCCAUGGCUGGCCACUCCUCCUGUGUGAUAGGUGAUAAAAUGAUUGUCUUUGGUGGCUCUUUAGGAUCCCGGCAAAUGAGCAAUGAAGUCUGGGUCCUUGACCUGGAGCAGUGGGCGUGGUCGAAGCCGAACAUCUCUGGCCCCAGUCCUCAUCCCCGAGGUGGCCAGUCUCAGAUUGUUAUAGAUGAUGCAACAAUCCUAAUCCUUGGCGGUUGUGGUGGUCCCAAUGCUCUGUUCAAAGAUGCCUGGCUGCUGCAUAUGCACCCAGGUCCCUGGGCCUGGCAGCCACUCAAGGUAGAAAACGAAGACCACGGUGCCCCAGAACUAUGGUGCCAUCCAGCCUGCCGGGUGGGACAGUGUGUGGUGGUCUUCAGCCAGGCUCCUAGUGGGAGAGCACCACUCAGCCCCAGCUUGAACUCUCGCCCAUCACCUAUCAGUGCCACUCCUCCAGCCCUGGUUCCUGAGACCCGAGAAUACCGCUCCCAGUCUCCAGUGAGGAGUAUGGAUGAAGCUCCUUGUGUUAAUGGCCGCUGGGGAACACUGAGGCCCAGGGCUCAAAGGCAGACUCCCUCAGGUUCCCGGGAAGGGAGCCUCUCCCCAGCCAGAGGAGAUGGCUCUCCCAUCCUCAAUGGUGGAACCUUGUCUCCAGGAACAGCAGCUGUUGGGGGUGCUUCCUUAGACAGCCCUGUGCAGGUGGUAUCUCCAAGCACCCCAUCUGCCUCUGAAGGGUAUGACCUAAAAAUGGGACUUUCCCUAGCACCCCGCCGAGGGUCUCUCCCAGAUCAGAAGGACCUUAGGCUAAGCUCCAUUGACCUGAAUUGGGACCUGAAGUCUGCUUCCAAUAGCAGUCAUGUGGAUGGUACAGACAACAGGACAGUGGCGGGGGGUGUGAGACACCCUCCAGAACAGACCAAUGGUGUUCAUACGCCACCACAUGUGGCCAGUGCCCUUGCUGGGGCUGUAUCCCCCAGUGCCCUGCGUCGGAGUUUGGAAGCCAUCAAAGCGAUGUCAUCCAAAGGCCCCUCAGCCUCGGCCACGCUAAGUCCUCCUCUUGGGUCUUCUCCAAGCUCCCCAGGGAGUCAGAACCUGGGCAGUGGAGAAACAGUACCCAUCCCCCGCCCAGGACCAGCCCAAGGAGAUGGUCAUUCCUUACCUCCAAUUGCUCGACGCCUGGGCCACCACCCUCCACAGUCCCUCAAUGUUGGCAAACCCCUCUACCAGAGUAUGAACUGCAAGCCCAUGCAGAUGUAUGUGCUGGACAUUAAAGACACCAAGGAGAAAGGCCGGGUCAAAUGGAAAGUUUUUACCAGCAGUUCUGUGGUGGGGCCUCCUGAGACCAGCCUGCAUACAGUGGUACAGGGCCGAGGAGAGCUUAUUAUAUUUGGAGGGCUCAUGGACAAGAAGCAGAAUGUGAAGUACUAUCCAAAAACAAACGCCUUGUACUUUGUACGAGCAAAGAGAUAAUGUGUUCAAAGUCCUUUCCCUUUCUGUGGCUUUUCAUUUGGAAUUUUCCAGUAUACAAGCGUUUGGACCGAGACUUGGGAAAACAACACAACUCCCACAAACCAAAACUCCAAUUCCAUGCCUAAUUCAUUCCAGGCUGGGAUCAAAUCUCCAUUAAGGAAAAGAUUAUAUAUAAAUAUAUACAGAUAUAUUAUAUAGCCAACUCUGUUUACAAAUAAAGGUGAGAUCUCCAUCCUGGUUCAGAUCAGCUGUUGCUGUCUUAGUAGAGGCUGUGCUGGCGUUUUCUACUCUGCUGGUAACCAGACAAGGAAAUUAGGAACAGACUAACAGCAGUAAUUUCCCACAAGAAACAAGCUGAAGAGCUCCCUGGAUCUUUCUGUGGCCUUCUCAGACACGACACCAGGAAAGAGGCUUCAGACACCCAUGCUGCAGGGCCAGAGUCACUUACAGAAAACAGUUUGAACCACAGAGGACCUGUGACGGCUCUGCAGAAGCACUCUGUGCCUGGUCCCUUCUGUGAUCCAGAGAAGUCACCAACAAGAAAUAUUGUUCCCCUCACACUGGAAUCACAGUGAAACAAUGUUUAUAGAGCCAUCCAUCUGCCUCUUUCCUGUCUUUAGUCUUUUGAGUUUCCCCUACAUGUCUCAGCAAACAUGCAGUGUCUGAUUAUGGGAUUUUUCUGACAAUCGUGUUUGAUUGCAAAUUGCCAAAAAGCAUAUUGUUUUCCUUUUAGAAUUGGUCCUCAGAGACCUCUUUUCCAUCUGUAGGCUACUCCCCUGCCCUUUGGUGGUUUGCUUUAGUUGCGGGUUUUAUUUUACUUUUUAUUUUGUUUGGGGCAUUUGACCUUUUUAAAAAGCAUCUGAACUUACGUUGCCCCUGCUUCUCUGCCUAUGGAAACCAGAUGCUCCCUAGCCUUCCCUGCAUCGCCAGGGCCAGUAUCCACUGCAGUGGGGGAGGGGGCACACUUGUAACCCUAGCACUCAGGUCAGAGGCCGGAUGAUUUCAGAUUUAAGGCUAGCCUGGGUUAUAUGAUGAGACCCUGUCUCAACAAAACAAAUCAAGAUGACAGAAUCAUUAAAAAAAUCUCAAAAGUCACCUCUCCUUCCAUCCCCUCCCCCAGCAGAGUCUCACUGUCACUCACAGAGACCCCCCCCUGCCUCUGCCUCCCAAGUGCUAGGAGGGAAGGCAUGGACUACCAGGCCCAGCCCAAAAGCUAUCUUUUUGUCCGCGUGUUUCUUUUAUCUCCACAUUACAGUGGGCACGCCCAUUCUUAUUAGUAGAAUGUAGGAGUUGGUCUUAAAAGGGAAUCUGGGAACAGUUCCUUCCAGAAAGGGUCUCCUCAUUUGUGAUACACCUUUUGCUGUGCUGUUGACAAGUGACUGACUUGAUUAUCGUGUCGUUAACCAUGGAGAUACUUGAGAGUGUUUAUUUUGUUCAGAGGACACCAGAAAUCGCUAGUCUUUCUGGACAUAGAAGACGUCAAAAUGAGAUUAUUUUAAAUGGCCAUGCAACUAUGAUUUUGGUGGUUUCUCAUCAGUGGUCAAGCGUUUUCAUUUUGCCUUUAAAACUGAAAUUGAAACAAAAAUGUCUUCCCCACUCUCCCUUUUUCUUGUUCGCAUCUCCCAGGCACAAGCUCACUACAGUUGGCCCUGGGUCCUGGCUCACAGCCAGUGCUCUACCUGUCUGAGUGUGUAUCUCCUGCUUCAUGCUCCGUCUUCCCUUAGCCAGUAGUUUUGCUCUGGUGGUCUCAGCAGGAAAGUCCCCCUGUGGAAGCCCAGGGAAGGGCCAGCUCCGGAGACCGAAGGUGCUCUGGAGCUGCUCCCUAAGGAACACCCCUGUGCCUACUUCCCGUGUGCCCCCCCACUUCCGCUCCCUGCUCUGUUGCUUCUGCCAGUCCUUUGGCCAAGACUGUUUGAUCCUGUGGGGCCCUGACUUAAGAGGCAAGGUCAGCGGAUGAGCAGCCUGGCAUUACUGACCCCUGGCUGUGAGGUUUGUGUGUGGAUGGCGCCUCUGGAAUUGGGUUCUGCUUGCACAUCAAGUACUCAGACACCUGGAGUUUGUAGUCUUUCUUUUCCUUCCCCCAUGGCCUUCCUAAGCUGGCUGUCAACUGUUGAUUCUUCUACUUUUCCCAAGUAGGAAGGUGACAGAGAUACUAACCUCUUAGAAAGCAAUGGGUUCCUCUGACCUCGGGGGUCCUGGGGCUGCCCACACUGCUGAGUAUCUGGUAUCUGCAGUCCCUCCAGAAGGAACAGAGGGAGCCUUGCAUGCAGCCAGCAGUGUAGGGUUUGGUGGCUCCCCGCCCCCGUGAGACUGUGUGCCAGGACUUCCAGUGUCUCUGCAGGGUCAGCGUUCCCACAAGACCGGCAGUUCAGAUUUAACCACAACUCCUUGUGACACGAUACCAAUUUUGUCUUAAAAUUCACUGAGAGACAUGAGACAAAAUAUUUUGUUUGAACCCUCAGGAGCACCUAAAGCAAAUAUUUAUCAGUAUUUAAGUAUUUAAAAUACAUCUUGUUUCUACUUGAAGCUUUAACCCUUUCCAUUCCUGCAAGUGUGCCUUUGAGAGCCCUUGGUCAUAUUAACUUCAGUCAUUUGGCUGGCCUCCCUCGGGUGAGAGUUCUGGGCACUGCUCUGCUCCUGCACAGCCUCCUGGUCAUUGUCCCACACACCAUGCAGCAGAGAGCAUUCAUUGUCAUUCCUGUUUCCGCCUUCCCUGCUUGGGAAGCCUGCCUCCCCCGCAUUUUGGGAGCACCAAUAAGGUAUAGAAACAAAUGUCUGUUUUGUUUAAUGCUGGGGCUUGCUCUCCUCCCUGCCCUCUGUGGGCUGAUUGAUUUUAAUGUUUGAGCUAUAGCAAGAACCGAAGCCGCGAACCGUGGAAGAACGGCCUUGGAACUCCUUAAAACACAGAGAGGAGGAAGCGCCAUUGCGGGAAGGCUCAACUCUGAAGGACAGAAAGCCACUGGGGGUCCUUCUUUCCUUUACCAUGUCUUUCUGGGUUCUGCUUUGCUUUUCCCUUUCCCUUCAGAGUGAAUCACCUGCUUGGUCUGUCCGUCUGUCUGUCCUUGUCCUCGUGGUGACCCCAGCAUGGUGAUGUACUCUGCUUUGUGUUACCUGUAGUCCCACCAGUGCAUAAGACGGUGGAGAGGAUUGAAGGGCCAGGGCAAGGAAGCCUGGCCUCCGGUACUGCUUAAGGCAUGCUCUGCUGUCAUCAGUAGGUGGCCUCUCACCCCUCCGUCCUUGUGAAUGAAAGCCAGCCUCUUUGGCUCCAAUGUGCUCGCGCUGCUCGAUCUGCCCGAUCUGCCCCCUCCUACCAACCAGGGCUCAUGUCAGUGCGCACCUGUGCCCUGGCGAAGCUGGUGCUGCGAGUGAUGUUCCCAUACAACUCAGGGGUGCCGGGGCUCACCCUGAGAGUCAUGUUAGGCACAUCACAGUGUAGGAAUGAAAAUGGAACCCAUGGAUAUUUAAAUCUGUCAAUUUCAUUUUUGUUAAUGUUUUCCCCUGAUGACUUUUUAGCAGUUUAACAAAUAAAACAAAAAUGGUC